AUGUUUGGCGUGAGGGGAAAAGUGAAAGCGUGCAAUUUUGUACACAACGACGAAAUAUGGUAAGUCUGACUUUUUUUUGUGGUCCCUCAUAAAUUUCCCCAACUGUAGGCGAUAUAAGUGCCGAGCAAUUUGGUUAGAAAUUUCAUUUUUGGAGUGGAUCGGUUAUAAAUCGGCAACAAUGAUGCCUGUGGUAUCUUCUACCAAUAUCCAAAAAUUGACUCAAGCCAUUUUUUGUGCUGAAAAGUUGCAGACGACUUCGAGCCGUUUUGCACCCUAAAGCAAACUUUUCAUUUCUCUUAAGCUCGAUGGUCUAUUGGUAGCCAAUCAAAAUAGAGAGAAAUACAAAGAGCCAAUGAGAAACGAAAUAAAUGAGUAUAAAAAAAGUUAAGCGCGUGAAAGGUAGUCGAUUAAUUUAUAUUAACAUCUGAUUGAUUGAGAAGGUAGUGAGAGUUUUCAAGCCAAAUCACAGAGCACUUUGAAGAAAAAAGAGCGUAUUGUGUAUACAAUUAUUUUACUUUAUGUUCACUUUUUACCAGACGCGGCAUUAAAAGAACUUCGUUUGUUACAUUAUUCAUCAAAGAUUUGUAAUGUCCGCUGAUACCGAUUCCAACACCAAAAAAGUACCAUCCGUCUUUUUAAGCCGUUCUUCGGCUACAAAUUAGUGUCCAUGCCCUGGCUUUGCCCAAGAAGUUGUGGAAUUACUACUCAAAAGAAUGCCCUCCGUCAUUCCCCCAUCACACCAAGAUUUUCAAGGCAAAAUCCCCUUCCCGCCAACCCCCCAUAUUCUUUUAACACCGGAAUUUCUCUUUACCUGAAAAAAUGUUUCUUGUAUUCUUUAUUUUUCAAUCGAUUACAGGAAAGAUCAUGUAAAUAGAGAACUCCUCUCUCAGAGGCGAUGGCCGGAUAAGUGGGGAUUUCUGGCUAAUGAAUACCAUCGGGUAAGCAUGUUCUGUAGAGCGCCCUGCACGUCAUUGUGUAGAGGGACGGAAAAUAUCAAGUAGGGAGCAUUCAGGCUGACAGAGUUACGUCAAAACGCGAGAGUACUGAUAACUGGAUCAAAUACUAUUGAGAUGCAAGGAAACAUUUUCAAAAGAGCUGCAUUGUGAUUUUCUGUUUCGUUUUUCACGUGUGAUGUAACAAAGCUAUGGCCAAUUCGUCAAAGCACAUAAUUAACAAAAACAAUGUCCUCGCUGGUGAACUCCCGAGAGUGAACUUUUCAUUUCUUAUUAGUACUCAUGCUUUUGCGCGUAAUAUCUUUUGGAACAUUUCAUUGAAAAUUUCAGACAACGUUCCUUUCAUACCAUUGCGAUUUAGUUACAGCUCGAGACACUGAGAAUCGGCCAAGAUGAGUUUGAGGUGGAUGAAGAACGUAAACAAGAAAGCCUGGUGACUAGUACAGAGAGCGAAGAGAAAGAUGGUACAGAACAGGCUCAAGUGUUGCUUGGCAACGCCAACAAGAUGCCAUUUCCAGAAACCACGUCACAAAUAAUUGGACGGAAGGCCGAGAUGUCGCAAAGAAAUGAGAUCGAACGCAAUGCUCGUGGAAAGCAAGACAUAGUUAAGUUAUUCAAAUGGCCACGUGAGGGUUUGUAAAGGAAUAAGACAUCCUAAGUACAAAAUAAACCGUGUUAUGAACUGAAUCCUUUUUGAGACUUUCUCUAAUAUACCAGUGUAUGAAAGCGAACCUAACUUAUUCCCAAGUUUUUGUAGUAGCAAAGAUAUUGGCCUGUAGAUUUG